CACCUGAAUGCAAUUCAGACGCUUACGCCUCAUCUUCUGCGUUAUGUCGUGGUUUGCGUCGUGGUGAGCACAGACAAGAAAAAGAAGAAGAACCAACUACGCGAUGUGGUCCAUCUCAUUCAACAGGAAUCCUACUCCUAUCGGGACCCGAUCACGGCCUUUCUCGAGUGCCUCUACGUCAAGUUCGACUUCGACGGCGCGCAGCAACAGAUCAAGAUUUGCGAAACGGUGAUUCCAAAUGAUUUCUUCCUGACUGGCUGCUACGAAGAUUUCAUGGAAAACGCCCGCCUGCUCAUGUUCGAGGCCUUCUGUCGCAUUCACAAUUGCGUUGGCAUAAAUCUGUCCAUGGGCAUGCUGGCCGAGAAACUGAACAUGAAUGUGGACGACGCAGAGAGCUGGAUUGUGAAUCUGAUCCGCAGCGCUGACAUGGACGCCAAAAUCGACUCUAAAAAGGGUCUGGUGUUUAUGGGCACGCAAACAGUGUCACCCUACCAGAAGGUCGUCGAGAAGACGCGCAAUGGGGCCUUCACCGCUCACAAGCUGCUGGAUCGCCUGAAGGGCAUGAAGUUGGAGGGUGAAGCGUGGUCCCUAUCCGUCCGUUAA